GAGAGAGUAGGAUGAACAGCGCGCGGAGAGCGGAGCAGGUUGGUGUGAAGAAUGACGGCGGCGGUCACCCACAGCCGUCCGCCCGCCGCUCACAGCAGCGCGUUUUUGCUCGCGACUGGAUGACGAUCCGCUUUGGAUACUAUAAGGAAUUCUCAGAGCGACAGAGGAGGUAGAUGUGGAGAAUCACCAAGAUACCGUCAAAACAAGGAGGAACAGGAGAGAAAAACUGCCACCAGAAGAAGAAAGGACAUCUGAGAUGUAACUGCACUGCCUCAAAAAAAAAAAAGACUACAAUAAAAAGGAGUUUUGGAACAAAAACUACUCAAGCUCAAACAUGGAUAACUUCAGUUUUCCCAGUGAAGUGGUGAGUUUAUUAGAGCUUCAUUUAAAUUCCUCUGGGAACUCUACCAGUAAGUACUCCCUGCCCACUAUCAUAGGACUUGCAGGACUGGUAAGUUUCCUCAUCUUGUUUACUAUAGUUGGGAAUGUGCUGGUUGUGAUUGCCGUUUUAACGAGCAGAGCCCUCAAACCACCCCAAAACCUCUUCCUUGUGUCCCUGGCCACUGCCGACAUCCUGGUGGCCACCCUGAUAAUGCCUUUUUCGCUAGCUAACGAACUAAUGGGUUACUGGUUCUUCGGGAAAGUUUGGUGCGAUAUCUACCUGGCACUGGACGUUCUUUUCUGCACGUCAUCCAUCGUACACCUGUGCGCCAUAAGCUUGGACAGGUACUGGUCCGUGACACAGGCGGUCGAGUACAACCUGAAGCGGACCCCUCGCAGAGUGAAGGGGAUGAUCGUGGUGGUGUGGCUGAUCUCGGCCGUCAUCUCCUUCCCGCCGCUCAUAUCCAUGGACCGGAAGGACCAGGAGAUCAACGUGAAGCCACAAUGCGAGAUCAACGACCACACGUGGUACAUCCUCUACUCAAGUAUUGGCUCCUUCUUCGCUCCUUGUGUUAUCAUGAUCCUCGUCUACAUCCGGAUCUACCAAGUGGCUAAGACACGAACCCGGAGCAUGUCAGAGAAGCGCAAGGACCCGGAUGGCGGUGCCGAGGCGCCGCGCCUGGAGAACGGUCUGAGCCAGGAUGACUUGAGCCGGGAGAACGGGCACUGCACCUCGCCGCCACCUGGCGAGCCCAAGCAUGGGGAGGAGGAGCAAGACGUGGACUUGGACGACAGCAGCUCCUCCGACGAGAAGGCCAAACAGCCGCACCACGAGGUGACUUCAAGCCGGAAGGACCGCAGGGCCAGCCGCAAGAACAGCUCCAGCUCCAAGCAUUCCAGUCGCAAGUCCCGUGCCAGCAGCAAGUCUCUGGACUUGUUUUCUUCCAGAAGGAAGCGGAGGAACACCAUGUCCAGGAAGAAGAUAUCGCAAGCGCGAGAAAAGCGUUUCACCUUCGUGCUGGCGGUGGUCAUGGGUGUGUUCGUGGUGUGCUGGUUCCCCUUCUUCUUCAGUUACAGCCUUUACGGGAUCUGCCGCGAGCCUUGCGAGAUCCCCGAACCUCUCUUCAAAUUCUUCUUUUGGAUCGGCUACUGUAACAGCUCCCUCAACCCCGUCAUCUACACCAUCUUUAACCAGGACUUUCGCAGAGCUUUCCAGAAGAUCCUCUGCAAGUCGUGGAAAAGGCCUUUUUAGAGGAGCAUAGAGAAGCGGUUGGGUGGCAUUAUGGCCAUAAUGGCUUAAAUGGUACCCUGGUACCCAUUUCAGGUGACAGACUGAGACAGAAAAGCCAUUGGAUGUUUACAAAAAAGAGGCAUCUCUUGUGCACAUUGUGGCAGCACUAUUCAGACAUCACUGCCCUCCCACCCACCUCACCACUACUACCACAACCACCAACACCACCAUGUCUAUGCCUUGACAAUCUGUCCACAACAUAGAUAUUCAUAACAAUCUGUUUUAUUGUAUAAGGCUCUGGGCUCUGUAAGGACAGCAGCUGUUGUGGACUGCGAGUACUUACAGUAGCAGGAUCCUUGAAAAACGCCCACCCGAAUCCGGGCAGCACUGUACUGUAUUUGCAGAAACAGGCUUAUCUUAAUUACAGCCACAGGCACUUCUGACUUAUCAAGAGACAUAUUUAUGAUGAGUUUGCACAUAUGGCUUUUCUCUUUGGGACUAGAGGGCUAUGUAAUAUGAAAGGCUAUUUCCUUUUGAAUGGAGACACAUAACACGAAAAGGGAAGAUGGAAAAACGAGUUAAGUGACUGGAAGCUGCUUCUCUCCAAGAGACUAAAACAAAACAGACACUGUUGGUUAAGGAGCAGGGCAUCUUCACGCCCUGCGGAGGGAUGUCACUGAAAGACUGAUGAGAUGUGGGGCUUGCUGACUAUUGCCAAGCAUCUCUUGAGGAAGCAAAAGCACUGGCAGAACAGGGCUUCAUUACCGUAACUGUCAGUCAACACAUGUGCUUUUUAUUCCAAACAACAAAACAAACAACACAAUGGAUUGCUGCUGAGACCCUUUACCAUUAAAUGCCAUUAAUGAGAAACGUACAGAAGAGGUAUUUGCAUUGUUUGUUCUAAUGUGUAUGAUCUUCUUCAACAAUACUACAAAACAAGUAUUUAUAUGACAUUACUGCUCUUCUCAAUUUGUUUAUGGAUUUCUAUACAACUGAUGCUGUGUUCUGUGCCCACGCUUGUCGGUUGUAUCAUGUUCUAUGUACUAUGAUGUUGCAUAAUGCAUAAACACUGUAUGAUAUACAUUACAAAGGGCAAAACCAUUUUUUUUUCUAAACGCACAUUUGUUUUCUGUUUGUUCGGAAAUGUCUCGCCCUUCUUGGGUAUUCAUUUCAUUCCUGUUUUCCAUCUCAUCUUCUUGUGAUAAAUCUGAAAUGACCUUCCGGUCGCCACAAGCACAUUUGACAAUGGAAACAAAAUCAACAAAUCAACAAAUAAAUUAAUUAUAACACUUCUACCUACAGCGACGA